AUGCUUGACGACUUUGAUAAAGCCUAUGGAAAGAUUGGUCUUCAACUAAAUCUCACAGAAACGAUGUUCAUGAAGAACGGAUUGGUUUCGUAUGCCCCAUUUACGCUCAACGGAACGAUUAUCUCCGAAUGCUCCAAUUAUGUCUAUCAUGGCAGGAAAAUCAAUAUUAAGAACGACUUAGCACCAGAGCUGAGCAGAGGGAAACGAGCGGCUUGGGGAGUUUCCAAGAGCAUCGAGGAUGUAGUGAAGAGAACAAAGAGCACCUGA